CAACCACUCCCUCCCGAGUCCCAAACAAAUUUUUACUACCGAAAACAAACCUCUCAUCAGCUUUUCAAUCUCUACUGAUAAACACCGUAGUUGAAUAUCAGCAGCGUUCGAUUUCUCAAAAUGAAUAAUCGGUGAACAAGUCCAAUUCUUUUAAGAGUAAAAAGGGGUUCAAGGAUAAGAGGAAUAAAGUAUGCAGGGGCUGAGUCUUCAAAGAACACCAUUCAUUUCCAGAGGGAAGCCUCCUUUAUUAGCUUUAGUGGACUCAUUGCCAUGUCUUGCUCCUAUUUCUACAAGACCCAUUUCAACUUCAUUAAGAUACAGAGAGAGGUUGAUUUCUGAUUUUAGUAUACUUAGACCACAAGCAUCUAAUGUUAGUAUUGGAUCUGGGGGCUAUGAAGGUGGAGAAGAAAAAGACAACCAGAAGAAUCUUGUCAAUGGUCCACCCAGUGAUAAUUCAUCAGAAAUUGUGGAACCUCCCAGCAAAAUUCCUUAUCCUUUGUCUAUAGCUGUUGUGCUGCUGGGAUGUGCUUUCAUAUUUUCAUUGAUUGCCUUUGUGAAAGGUGGACCUUCAUCGAUCUUAGCAGCAAUUUCAAAAUCAGGAUUAACUGCUGCAUUCACAUUGAUAUUUGUUUCUGAGAUUGGGGACAAGACAUUUUUUAUUGCUGCACUGUUGGCUAUGCAAUAUAAGAAAGGACUGGUUCUUCUGGGAUCAAUGGGUGCUCUUUCACUUAUGACAAUCUUGUCAGUUAUAAUUGGACGGAUAUUUCAUUCAGUGCCUGCUCAGUUCCAAACAACCCUGCCGAUCGGGGAAUAUGCAGCAGUAACUCUUCUUAUGUUCUUUGGGCUCAAGUCAAUAAAAGAUGCAUGGGAUCUUCCAUCAGAUGAAGUUAGAAAUGGGGACAAGAACAGUCCUGAGCUUGAUGAAUAUGCUGAAGCUGAAGAACUUGUAAAAGAAAAGGUCUCAAAAAAGCUCACAAAUCCAUUUGAGAUUAUCUGGAAGUCAUUCAGCCUCGUAUUCUUUGCUGAAUGGGGAGAUCGCUCAAUGCUUGCAACAAUUGCUCUCGGUGCUGCUCAGUCUCCAUGGGGUGUGGCAACCGGAGCCAUUGCUGGGCACCUAAUUGCAACAUCUAUCGCAAUUCUAGGAGGAGCUUUUCUUGCCAACUACAUUUCAGAAAAACUGGUUGGCUACUUGGGUGGAGUACUGUUCCUUGUUUUUGCUAUCGCCACAUUUUUUGGGGUUUUCUAAUAAAUUCAUGGGGAGUUUAGAGAGUUUUUAGUCCAGCCGAAAUGGAGUUUUCCAAAGAUAAGAAAGAGCCUAAAGAUACACCAUGCUGCUGUCUAGCAGAGGCAUUUCAUACUUCAUAAACUCAAGCUAGGACCAGUGUAAGUUAUGUUGUACUAAAGCUAUUUGAAGGAUGAUUAUAUUAGAGAACUGUAUAUGGAAAAAAUGUGUUUGUACAUGGUAAAUUUUUUGGGUAAGACUAGAAACCGGUAUUAAGAAUAAGAUUCUUCUUGUAUUCUUGUUAA